GAAUGUGCCGUAUCGAUAUUAGGAUCCGAUCUCUCCCUAAGAACGCGCGCAUUUCAUUUAGUCCAAAACAUUGGCGCCACGUGUCCCUCGCGCCCUCGGUCUGGAAAUAGCACGAUAAAACCACGAAGUAGGCUCUCUCCCUUUAAACGCCACCACGCUGCGAUUCUUCAAAAGCCAUUCCCCCUCUUCUCUGGAGUAGGGUUCUUACGAAGCUCCACGAAGGCGUCGAGCGAAUCAAACGCAUUUGGAACAAGGUGUUGCUGCCAUGCGGAAUCGAAGGGAUCCCAACAAACUUUGUCAAUGUGUCUCAGUUCUUGGGUGAACGGAACAAUUCUUGGAUGCAGUCCAGGGAGAUAACGGAUAUGAAGGGUGCAAGUGCUAUCUCUGUUAUAGAAGUUAACCAAUUACCUACAGAGAUUGAUCCUUCACAUGCUCAGCCAUUGCAACCUGGUGACACAGCUCUGAACUCUGGCUUGACACAAAGUCAAAUUUAUAAUCUGCAGCUACUUGAAGCUGCAUACCACAAACUUCCCCAUCCUAGAGACUCAGAAUUUUCUUGCCCAAGGAGCUAUGUUCCUAGGCUUCCCGUAGUUACUCCGGCAAGUUAUCCACAAACAAAGGCAACGAUAGUUGAUGAUCCUGACUUUUGGAAACAAUUAUCACUUUUUCCAUAUAAUACUGAAGUUAUGUUUUUUGCAUUUUAUUUUCAACAGAAAACCUAUCAGCAGUAUUUAGCUGCCAGAGAAUUAAAGAGGCAACAAUGGCGAUACCAUAUUGAAUCUAACCUAUGGUUUCGACAGCUCAAUCAGUCAGGAAUUGUAAAUAACAACUUUGAGAGAGGGAACUAUGAAUUCUUUGAUUUCAAUAUUGCGAAUGAUAACUCUCGGACUGGAUGGUGUGUGGCGUAGAAAUGCAACUGAUUUACCUUUUGAUUUUGAGCAUGGAUUUCUCGAGGAUGAUGAACCUGUGCCAUAGAGUUCCAGAAGACAGUUAAUCAGGUCAAAUUCCAAGUUUUGUAGAAAAGUAAAGUAUUACACUUUUCUUCGUCAGUCAGAAGAUCCACCUGAGAAAAAAAAUUAUAGUGAUUCUUACCUCCUUAACGCCACAGCGACCUAUGGAACUCCCUACUUAAUCCCUCAUAAAGAAUAUCCAAUCUUUGCUACAAUGUUUGGGUUCCACAAAUUGUGAUAAAAAUACUCACUUUUCAAUUCAAACUCAUGUUAAAGGUAAAUUGCUAUAGCUAUU